AGAAUUUAGCUGUCGUGUCCGUGAGUUGAAAGGUGACUACGGCUCACAGUAAUGCCCAAAAAGGUUGAAGAAAAUACAUGUAGUUAAUUUACAAGCGAACUAUUCCAAGUCUGUUUGUCAACUGUUACUGUACAGCCCAGAAUGGUGUUAAGAGUAAGUAGCAAGAGGAGUGUGGUGUGGGGCUGGCUACUCCUGGUCUCCUGCUUUCUGCUGUCUGUUCGUUCACAUGAGCAGGCAGCCCACGAACACCCACCGGAGAGUCACCGUCCUAACAUGCACCUGGACAAGAACAUGGUCCAUGACAGAGAACACAUCAUGGAGCAUCUGGAAGGUGUGAUUGACAAGCCGGAGUCGGAUAUGUCGCCGCAGGAGCUGCAGUUGCACUACUUUAAGAUGCACGACUAUGAUGGCAACAACUUACUGGAUGGGCUGGAGUUGGCCACAGCCAUCACCCAUGUGCACAAAGAGGAAAAAGGAGAGGAUAGCCAGCCUAUGAAAGAAGAGGACCUCACAAGCCUUAUAGAUGACGUUCUGAGGGACAAUGACAAAAACAACGACGGGUACAUAGACUACGCCGAGUUUGCCAGGUCCCUGGAGUAGAGGAGAGACGGUGCCUAACUAUUGGGGUCUGGCUCCGUGCACUGCACACCACCACACCACUUUCUCCACCACACCACGUUAAUUUACCUGAGCCGGUGUGCAUGUCUCACGCUCUCUGUGGGGCUAUCACUAUCCUUCAUCUGUCCAGACAGCAUCUAUACCAGAGGUGGGCAAACGUCUUGGCUUGAGGGCUACAUUGGGAUUUUUCGAAAAUCAACGGAGGGUCGCACAGAUUUUGUUUUGACCAAUUUUGUUGUUUGUCAAAACCUAUUUGCGGGUCAGAAAAAGGGCAGUCAUUUGAAACUAUUUAGGUCCGUUAUCAUUCCUACAUACUUUCUAUCUGGUUUCAGACGUUCAAGUGUGACCUGCACUUUUUAAGCCCUGUCCCCCAAAACAAAAUAAAAGGGUUUUACUCAAAACUCCUGUGGGCCAGAUUGAAAGGUUUGCCCAGCCCUGAUAUAUACAGUAGAUUAUUCAAUUAUUACUUUAAUUAUUAAACUGCCAAUUGUGUCUACUGUAUGCUAGCAACUAAACUAGUUCAGUCAUUUUAGAAUGAAAUUCUUGAGCAGGUAUUCACCUAAGCGCUGCUUUGCUGUAUAAAAUCCAGGGUUAUGGACCAAAGGUUUUGAUAUUUAUGCAUCCAAUCAAGUUAGGCCAUUCAUGACAACUGCCUGUGGUCCUUAACUUUAAGAGUGGCCUUUACUACUACUGCACCAUUCUUGUACUAUUUACUUAUAGUGGGAAUGUUACAGCCCGGAUGCAGUAUACUGUACCACAGAGUAUGUGGGAGUGUGGGAAUGGCAAAGCAGGUUUGGAGGAUUUGUCUGACGCUCAGAAACGAGCCAUGAACAGGGCUGCUUUCAGUUGGAACAAAAUGGAAGACUGUGUUUAGAAACGGAGGCGGUAAUACCUGGGCUAAGUCCUACUGCUCGUUCUUGUUUUCAAAAACGCUUUCUCCCAUUUGUUUGAACCGAAUGUGACUCAGGUAACAUAAAAGCCACACUUGGUACGGGUUUGGUUCUGGUCAGACACAGUCAAUCACAAAUCAUUUUUCUGCUGAUCCACACGUACUUUACAUCCCUUACAUAGACUCUUACCCACCAACCUGAACGCACAAUUCCGCUUACAGCAGGGCUGAUACUUGAGAUGAACAAAAUCUGAAUUUUAAUACAGAACAUGUGUUGUGCAGCGCAUUGUGAUUUCUUCAUCACUGGAUUCACUUUGACUUAUAGCACAGUGAGACCUCUGGGUGACAGCAAUACUGAAGGGUUAACUUAAUUGUACAGAUGUGCUAUAAGUAGAAUGCAGGGUUAUGUUGCUAUAAAUGCCAUUGAAGUAAUGAUGUUACAUUAUGUGUCGUUAGACCACACUUGAUUCUUUCCAAAUGAGCUCCAUUGCUGUCAAACAGUUACAGAUCAUUAGGUUACCAGGUCUUUAUGCUAUAAGGUCCAGGUCUAUAUUCAACCCAUUUAUAAUACUUCCAAAUGAAUACUGAAACUUUAUUUGUUACAAAAGAGUUCUAAUUUCAUCAUUCAGUGACGGUUGUUCGAUGAAUACAGGUUACUUGAAUAGAAAUGUGUUAUUAAAAUCUAUAAAAUUACAAGAGUAGUAGACACAUGCAACUGUGUUGUCUUUGCAAUAUGCUGCAAUAAACAAAUAUAUAUAUGA